AGAACCCAUUUCAUUACAUUAGGCUUAACCACAAACACAAUCCCUUCAUUCCAUUAGACACAGAGAAUCGAAUACCUUCAACCAAACACACACACACAAAAAACACAGAGAAUAAAAUUCCCAGCCUUCUCGUUGCUUCUCUUUACUUCUAGAAUACAUCCCCCAGAAACCGACUCUCAACCCCCUUUUCUCCCUCUGCCAUCACUCCCCAUUUCCCCACUACACUCUCUUCCUCUCCAAUUGAAUCCAUCUCCCCGUACCUUCUUCUCAGAUUCCUCCCCCAGCAUCAAUGGCUCCAAGCGCGCCCAAACUCAGUGCCAAAAUCAACGACCUGAUGGAAUCCCACGCCAACCAGCUGCUCAACCCUUCCCCGCCGGCCCCCGGCGCCAUCUCCCUAGAUGGAUCCAAUCUCAAAUCCAACGGCCACGCCUUCCUCACCGACGUCCCGGCCAACAUCACCCUCACCGCCUCAGCCGACAAAUCCGGCGCCUUCCUCGGAUUCAACGGCGCAGAACCCGACCACCGCCACGUGUCGCCCAUCGGAAAGCUCAAGAACUUGCGGUUCAUGAGCAUCUUCCGUUUCAAAGUCUGGUGGACCACCCACUGGGUUGGAUCCAACGGCCGCGACCUCGAACACGAGACCCAACUCCUCCUUCUCGACACGUCACCGACUGGCGGUGGGCCCUACGUGUUAAUCGUCCCAAUUCUGGAAGGGCAGUUUCGGGCUUCCCUCCAGCCGGGGCAAAACGACGACGUGGACGUCUGCGUGGAGAGCGGGUCAACGAAAGUCAAGGCCUCGUCCUUCCACAGCGUGGUGUACGUUCACGCGGGGAAUGACCCUUUUACCCUCGUGAAAGAAGGAAUGGGAGUCGUCCGGGCCCACCUCGGUACUUUCAAGCUGCUCGACGAGAAGGACCCACCGGGGAUCGUGGACAAAUUCGGGUGGUGCACGUGGGACGCAUUCUACCUUACGGUGAACCCUCAGGGGAUCUGGGACGGCGUCAAGGGGCUCGCCGACGGCGGGUGCCCGCCGGGGCUAGUCCUGAUCGACGACGGGUGGCAGUCGAUCAGCCACGACGAGGAUCCGGUGACGAAGGAAGGGAUGAACCACACUGUCGCCGGGGAGCAGAUGCCGUGCCGGCUGCUCAAGUUUCAGGAGAACUACAAGUUCCGGGAUUACGCCAGCAGGAAGGCGGAAGUUACCGAAAAGGGCAUGGGCGCGUUUGUGAGGGACUUGAAGGAUGAGUUCGGGACGGUGGAUUACGUCUAUGUUUGGCACGCGCUGUGUGGGUAUUGGGGCGGGAUCCGGCCCAAUGUUCCGGGCCUGCCGGAGAGCGUCGUUGUCAGGCCCAAGUUGUCUCCCGGGCUGGAGAAGACCAUGGAGGAUCUCGCCGUGGAUAAGAUCGUUAGUAACGGCAUCGGGUUGGUCCCGCCGGAGCUUGUGGACCAGAUGUACGAUGGCAUCCACUCUCAUCUCGAGAAGGCCGGAAUCGACGGCGUUAAAGUCGACGUCAUCCAUUUGUUGGAAAUGCUGUGUGAGAAUUACGGAGGGAGAGUUGACCUGGCUAAGGCGUAUUUCAAGGCAUUGACCGCUUCAGUGAAGAAGCACUUCAAAGGCAACGGAGUAAUUGCGAGCAUGGAGCAUUGCAACGAUUUCAUGUUCCUUGGAACAGAAGCCAUCGCUCUUGGACGUGUUGGUGACGAUUUCUGGUGCACGGAUCCUUCAGGCGACCCGAACGGCACGUUCUGGCUGCAAGGAUGUCACAUGGUUCAUUGUGCAUACAACAGUUUGUGGAUGGGCAAUUUCAUCCACCCGGAUUGGGACAUGUUCCAGUCGACACACCCUUGUGCCGAGUUCCACGCGGCCUCUCGUGCCAUCUCCGGUGGACCAAUCUACAUCAGCGACACCGUGGGCAACCACAAUUUCCCGUUGUUGAAGCGGUUGGCGAUGCCGGACGGUUCGAUCCUCCGGUGCGAGUACUAUGCUCUCCCCACUAGGGACUGCCUCUUUGAGGAUCCCCUCCAUGAUGGAAAAACCAUGCUCAAGAUUUGGAACUUGAACAAGUUUACUGGGGUUAUUGGGGCGUUCAACUGUCAAGGCGGAGGGUGGUCCAGAGAGACGAGACGAAACCAAUGCUUCUCAGAAUUCUCUCACAAGUUGACGGCCCAAACCAACCCAAAGGACAUUGAAUGGGCCAGCGGGAAAAGCCCAAUCUCCAUCGAAGGAGUCCAGGUAUUCGCCAUGUACAUGUCGAAGGCCCAGAAGCUCGUCAUGUCCAAGCCCACGGACAACAUCGAGGUCUCGCUGGAGCCGUUCGAGUUUGAGCUGAUCACGGUGUCGCCGGUGACCGUAUUGGCCGGGAAGUCGGUCCAAUUUGCGCCUAUGGGCCUUGUGAACAUGCUCAACUCCGGCGGGGCGAUCCGGUCGGUGGAUUACCGGGACGAAUCGGUGGAAAUUGGUGUUAAGGGUGCCGGAGAAAUGGUGGCGUUUGCGUCGGAGAAGCCGGCGGGUUGCAAGGUGGAUGGUGGGGAGGUUGAGUUCAAGUACGAUGGUUGCUUGGUUACCGUCGAAGUUCCAUGGUCCUCGGAUUCGUCGGGUGUUUCACAGGUUGAAUUCGCGUUUUGAUUUAUAUCUCAAAUGGCAAUGGAUGCCUGAGAUUGGAUUGCGUGUUAAUUUUUAUUUGUCAGUGUGAUUGAGAAUGUAAGAAAUGAUGACUUGAGAAUUGAGACCUUUUAAUUAAUUUUAAUCGUAAUGGUUUUCAUAAUCGCAUGGGCUAUAGAGGCUGAGGUCCCAAACAAAUUAGUCACUAAAUUCAAUUUUAAGAGACUUGUAAUUGAAAUCAUGAAAAUUUUCAGCAUGAGUAUGGAUUUUCCUCGAUUUUUUGUUACUAAUUUUUCCGUCUAUAUA